UGCUCCACACCAAGGCAAAGGGUCAAGACAUCAUCGAGAGUGAUAUCCGCGGAGUCGGGCGGAUAGACACCGCAAACCACUCCGGUCAACCAACGGGAAACCUGAAAUUUUAAAUAGUAGGCUAUUUAGUGGAUAUAUAUUUUACAAGUUCGCACCUAAUUUAUAUUGAGAUUAAAGAGUGCAUAGCAUCCUACCAGUGAUGAUGGAACAACUUGAAAUCUGCAUUUUCUCAGCUUUUCUGAUACUAUUACACAGCCCAAGCGCUGCCCCAGUCACUGUGAGCAGCAAUAGGCCCAGAGUGGAGGUCCCUGAGAACACAGAUGCCGUGCUGUCCUGUGUGUUCAAGACGGAGAAAGACAACAAUCCCCGUAUUGAAUGGAAGAAGAAGGGCAAGGAUGUGUCCUUUGUCUACUUUGACGGACAAUUCACAGGGGACUUUGCCGGGCGUGCGAAGAUGGAGGGGGCCACGGUGACCCUGCACAGGGUGACGCAGAAAGACACAGGUGAAUACCGCUGUGAAGUCAGCGCUAAUCAGGACCGGGACAAGCUGGGCGAGACCAACGUCACCCUGAAAGUGCUCGUACCCCCACACACACCCCUGUGCGAGAUCCCCAGUUCUGCAGUAACGGGCAGUACAGUGGAAUUGCGCUGUAGGGACAAACAGAGUGUUCCUCCUGCCAUCUACACUUGGUUCAAGGACAACAAAAAGCUGAGUGUCACUCACUGGGCCAACAUCUCCUACACACUGGACACCAAUACUGGCAUCCUGCGAUUUAACUCCGUCUCGCGGGCUGACACGGGACAGUACCACUGUCUGGCGUCCAAUGAAGUGGGGGCACCAAAGAGCUGUGACGGGAAACACAUGAAGAUUGACGAUGUGAACAUAUCAGCGAUAAUUGCUGUGGUCGUGGUGAUCUUCAUAAUCCUUGCUUGUUGCCUCGGGGUCUACUACGCCUAUCGACGGGGCUACUUCAGAAAAGGCCACAACGGAAGGUCCUUCUGGAUACCAGAGUGUCAUGGCAUCGCCCACAUCAGCAGCCAGAACCUGCACAGAGCAGAUGACAUCAACAACACAAACUACAACCCUCCACAAUAUGCUGAGGACUUCAAACACACCAAGUCCUUCAUGCUGUGAGGACUCGGUGCGCUGUCCCGACCAACAUCCUAACGGCAGAACUGGAUUGGGCGCAACCAUCAAUCCAAAAAGGGUGUGAUCAACAUGCUGGUCAGGGGCACUGCACUGUCUGCUGAGAACAGGCAGGGAGGACAGCACACUGACCUUUCACCCCCUGCUCUACUUCACAGAAAGAUCUAUAUGGCCCACCUACCCCCCUACUGGCCAAUCCAUGAACUGCCUUCCGUUUGCGUAUUGAUCGAAUGUCAGUUGAACCUUAGCCUUAAUCACUGAGAAAAGAAAAACAACCUGCUGUACCACUUUUUUUAUUUUCCUUUGGCUGUACAUAUUGUCUACAUGAGAGUAGAAACCCCUCCACCCUUAUCAGAAGCGGAAAAUCCAGGUUCAGAAAGUAAAAGUUCUUCCUAGUAUUUUGUUCCAAUCACCCAGAUUUUGCUAAUUAGCACAGUUCUACAGCCAGGAGGUAAAACGAAUUGGUGAAAUCAGCAGAAAUCCAUGGGGGGAACACAUGGCAGGAUUUUUACUUUGUGACCCCUGAACUUUCCAACUCUGGCCCUCAUAGCUGUUGUUGCAGUGUCUGUCUUUUUAAGAAUGUAUUGAAAAUGAAAUAUUUUAUCUUUUUAGUGAAUGUUUUUACAUGUGGUUCUUGGUUUUGCAGCUGUUUUAGUCAGAGUGCAAGAAUGAACUGGAAUGGAGUCACCUGUUUUUUUGCACCGAAGCUUUGUGAAUCAGUAUUAAACAUUUAUCUUUUCUUAAGUUUGUUAAUGUUAAACGAUGCCACUUGUUAAACAAGCAAUUUUGAACAUCUGUAUAAAGGUACUUUCCUUAGCAAUCAGCCAGCAUUACCUAGAGCUGGUUUUCUUUGUAAAGUUGUAUGCAAACCAAA